AUGAUGAAAAAUCUACCGGCCAUCCAAAUGAACGACAAUCUCUGCGAAAAGUGCAUGGAGGGAAAACAACAUAGAAAACCAUUUCCUUCAAGCCAAGUAGGAAGAGCCAAACAAAUACUGGAGCUAGUGCAUACAGACGUGUGUGGACCAAUGAGGACGCCGACCUUCGAGAAGAACAGGUUCUGCGAGGAUGAAGGAGUCAACCAUCAACUAACUGGCGGCUAUGCUCCAGAGCAAAAUGGUGUGUCAGAAAGGAAAAAUAGAACUGUACAAGAGAUGGCCAGGACAAUGCUCGCGGAGAAGAACAUGCCUAAAGAAUUUUGGGCAGAAGCUGUAUACACUGCAGUCUAUCUACUCAACAGGUGUCCUACUAAAGCUGCCCAUAAUAAAACUCCAAUAGAAGCUUGGAGUGGACGAAAACCGUCAGCCCAACAUCUACGAGUGUUUGGGAGUAUCUGUUACGUGCACAUCCCAAAGGAAAAGAGACACAAAUUAGAGGAGAAAUCCGAGAAAGGCAUAUUCCUCGGCUAUGCGUCUCAAUCUAAAGGAUACAUAAUUUACAGAUUCAAGAAUGGUAAACUAAUUAUCAGUCGAGAUGUAGAGUUCGAUGAAAAUGCUGCAUGGAACUGGGAGAAAGAAAAAGUUGAAUACCAAAAUAUCAUGGUACCUACACGGCGGAGGCAAAAUACCAUACCAGAAGAACAUGAAGCAGAAGGUUCACAAUCACCUCCAGCUCCACAACCUUCAAGUCAGAGGACAACAACACCAUCAACUGAAGAACAGUCAUCCCCAGAAUCACCACCGAGAAAAGUACAAACACUCAGGGAGAUCUACGAGACAUGCAAUUUUGACACGAUGGAACCUGAAAGCUUUGAAGCAGCAGUAAAGGAAAAAGAAUGGGUAAAAGCCAUGAAGGAAGAAAUCAGGAUGAUCGAGAAGAAUAAAACUUGGGAGUUGGUCGAUCCACCAAACAACAAGGAAGUCAUUGGAGUUAAGUGGGUCUACAAGACGAAGCUUAACCCAGAUGGCUCAAUUCAAAAACAUAAAGCACGACUGGUCGCUAAAGGGUACUCACAACUUCCCGGGAUCGACUACAACGAGACCUUCGCUCCAGUUGCUCGGCUAGACACCAUAAGAGCUCUAAUUGCACUUGCAGCUCAGAAGAAAUGGAGAAUCUACCAGCUCGAUGUCAAGUCAACAUUUCUCAAUGGCUAUCUGGAAGAAGAAAUUUAUGUCGAACAACCUCAAGGGUUCGUAACAGAAGGACAAGAAAAUAAAGUCCUAAAGCUAAAGGAGGCUCUUUACGGAUUGAAACAAGCACCACGAGCCUGGUACAACCGAAUUGAUGAUUACUUCACUAGUCAUGGAUUCAAAAGAAGCGAAAUUGAGCCAACACUCUACAUCAAGACUCAAGGUAAUGACAACAAACUCAUUGUCUCUCUUUAUGUAGAUGAUCUUAUUUAUACAGGGAACAAUGAGGAGAUGAUUAAGGAGCUCAAAGAAGAUAUGAUGAAGACUUUUGAGAUGACAGACCUUGGGCAAAUGAGCUAUUUUCUCGGCAUUGAGGUAAACCAAGAAGAAAACGGAAUAUUUAUCUCACAGAGGAAAUACACAGAUAAUUUAUUAAAAAGGUUCAAGAUGGACAACUGCAAACCAGUGGCUACUCCGAUGGUAGCUAACGAAAAAUUCAGCAAAGACGAUGGUACACCAAAUGCAGACGCAUCCACAUACAGAAGUCUGAUUGGAAGUCUACUAUAUCUAACAGCCACAAGACCAGAUAUCAUGUACGCAACAAGUCUACUGUCAAGGUUCAUGCAAUGUCCGAGCCAAGUUCACUAUGGAGCCGCGAAGAGAAUACUGCGAUAUUUGUAG